CGAUGCGGUGUGGAAGAGCAGAGAGGAGUGCAGAGGAAGAGAGAAGAGGCUGUACAGAGGAUUACCACCGCUGAGCCAGACUAAUCUGGGUUUUGUUUGAGUUUUACUAGAUUUUGCUCUUAUUUGAAAUUACCAUUUUUGCAGGUUUGUGAUUUGAGGAUGAUGGGUUAUAUAUAGUUUAUGCUGGAAAAAGACGAUGGUUGAGUGACAUUUUUUGUGGUUCAUGGCAAGAGACAGUGAUAUACAGAAAAAGGAAAAUGGAAAGUGUAGCCAUACCAGAGCAUUCGAUCAAACUCCUCCAUGUUGCACAGCCUGGAGUAUUUGAUCUGGUGGGUUAUGUCAUCUCCGCCGGGGAAGGGAAACCAUACCAGAGCGUCUUCUACAACGGAAUCAUUGAGGUAGUUAAGCAAGGCAAAAUUGUGGAGAGGCAUGGACGUCUUGAUUUUCAAUGGUUGGCAUUAGUGGACCCAUAUCGAUCACAUCCAGACAUACAUGGAAGAUGGGACAGAUUGUACAAAGACAUGAACAGACUGGUCGCUUAUUACAAAGGGAUGACCACUUGGCUCGAUGGGUUAAUGCAUUUGUCAAUCCAUCUAAGACCAAGGUUUUUUUCAAUGGUGUUUCUCCUGUUCACCGAUGGAAGGGAUUGGGGAGAGCCAAUGAAGUCAUGUAAGAGUCGCACACAGCCAUUCUACGGGAGGAAAUAUUCAGGAGGGUCACCUGUUGCUUGGGUGAUUUUAAACAAAGUGAUGAGGAGAUUGAAGAAACCGGUCUAUCUCAACGCCGUAAAGAUACUCAUCCUUGUGCUUACAUUGGAACCAUCCUGGUUAUGAUUGUAGCCACUGGUAUCUUCCUGGUCUACCUGAUUCCUGGAAUGUACUCUUUUACUCUGCUCUUUUCUCUUGAAGUCUCUUUUGUCCUAUCAUCAAUGUAUAGGUUACUGAAUAACAGUCUAUUUCUGUAGGACAUUAUUCUCAUAUGACACACAACCCUCUUAACUUA